AAGACACUCACUCAUCCUUUCCCCCUCCUCUCCCUUGGUACCUGCAUGCCUGUAGAGCAGCGCGGCAGAAGCACGGGAAUCCGGAGCUCUGCACAGGCGAGCACACACACUCGCACGGGGCUACGUGUCCGUGCCAGACGGCCACUCUCUCCACGCUCCCCUCCGAUGGCAGGUGACACGGACGAGACAGUAAAUAACAGUUCGGGGAAGAGGCGCAGACGACGAGUUGACCUUCUCUGCUGGAAACGCUGAGGGGGAGCAGGAGACGGCGAUAGACUGCUGAGGAAAAUGAGAGAAAUGGCAGGAAAAUGAUCUGGAUUGUGAGUGGACAGCCCAGACAGUGAUUUCAGUUUUAGCCUUUUUUUUUUCCUCCCGCGGGGGAGGAGAGGUGCACGGAGAAACAAGCUCACUGAGGGUUUGGGAGCUGGAGUGUCUCAGGCUGAUAUUGGCGGAAGGGCUAUUCUGGUGGCAAUCUCGAAGGAAAGAGUGGGGAGGAAUAUCUAAGGGAGAUUGGGAGAGCGAGGCAGUGUACGCCGGACAUGGAUACCUCAGCACCCCAGCCGCACCUUCUUAUGAGCUGGACUCCUGCACUGCGGUUGGUCUGUGCCCUGCCCAGGAGUAGCUGUUCUCAAUGAGCUCAUGGUGCUCUCCAAUCAUGAUCCCUGGAUGUGGAUUUCCUCCUCUCCCUGACUUCCAGCUCCAUUUCCACACUUUCCACUGCCGAGGAGAGAGCCCUGACAUGUGGAUCCCAGGCUCAGCCGAGGCCCAGGCUUUAAGCGAGGCCGGAAAAGACAGGGCCUUCCCGAGGCAGCACAGUCACCACAUCGCUGUGUGCCAGCAGGAGACAUUAGCGUUCAUCGAGCUCCACCCACCUGGUGCUGAAGGACCAGGUUCUCUACAAUGCCCUUGGCCCCAGACAUGCGACGAGAGUAAUAUUGCACCAACUGUUAAUGGCAACAGUUACCUAGAGGAAGACCAAUAUUUGGGAGGACAAGGGCAGCAGGAUGUUCUGAGUCAGACCAAACUUCAAAAUGCUGACAGGAACAGCGAAUCAAACACGCCUGAACUGCUUUACACGACCCCUCGUUCCACUGACUUUCCACGCCCUUUGUCUUCCUUGGAAGACAACGCAUCUAAGGCCCAAAUAAACUCCAGCUCACUGGACUCUGGGGUUCACAGUCCAGACCUGUCUGGCCUACAGAGACGGAUCUCAGGCGGAUCCUUCAAGGAGAAAUCUAUACGUCGCAAGAUAAAGGUGUACUCUCCCGAGGUCUUAGGUGAUGAGUCCUUGAGUACUCCUAGUCUGGAGUCCGAGUACCUGUUCUCCAAAGCCUCGCUGCAGGAAGACCAGGAGUCACUUACGGCACCUCGCCCAGCCUCACCCUCCUCAGAAGCCAAAGACUCAGAACCCAGAAUCCAUUACGUUCUGCCCUUGGAGGACAGAAGGUGCCCAGAAUCACUGGAAUGUGGAGAGCCAGCUGGGGUGGAGUAUCCUCCCUCAGGGGCUGUCGUCCCCAGACCUUCAGACCAGGAGCGCCGGCGCUUCUCAGCAUCAGAGCUUAUCUCCAGGCUCCAGCUCUCUCAGAGGAAGAGCUCCUUUACGCUGAAGCUGGGCAAGUCCCUCUCGGCCCGCAUAGCUUCACGCGACCGCCAGCUCCCUCGCAGUCUCAGCCCCAGCGGUAAACCUCACUCAAAGGACUAUGACCUAGGGCGGACCAGCAACAGCGCCCCCAACAGCCCGAUGGGCUCAGGGCCAGUACUUCCCUCUGUGGAUAAGACAGCUAACAGAGGCAGUAUCAGACUCAGCAUGAGGAAAAACUCCAUAGAAGAGGAGGCCUGCAGCCCGUCCAGUUUCAGCUGCCCCAAGCGCCUCUCGCGAUUCCUGCCCAACUUGCUACUGUACCAGGAGUACAGUGACGUCGCCAUCAAUAGAGAAAUCCAGAGGCAACAGGGGGCGGAGCCUGGGGGUGAAGAGGAGGGGCUAGGGGAAGACGUGGCGGGCGAAGCCACGCCCCCGGGUAACCUAUCUCCAGCCAGCUCCUUCCGUUCCUCAUGGGGCUCAGCCUUCUCCUUGUGGCAGGACAUUCCAGACGUCCGCACUAGUGGCACAUUGGACACUUUCAGCAACGAGGAGCGGAAACUACAGGAGGCCAAAUUUGAGCUGGUGACCUCUGAAGCCUCCUACGCCCGCAGCCUGACGAUAGUUGUGGACCACUUCAUGAUGUCCCGUGAGCUGGCGGAGUGUCUCAGUGCCCAGGACAGGCACUGGCUGUUCUCCAAGCUACCUGAAGUGAAGGAUGUCAGUGAGAGGUUUCUGCAGGAUCUGGAGCAGCGUCUGGAGGAGGAUAUCUUACGCUUUGAUGUGUGUGACAUUGUUCUUGCGCACUGCCCGGCCUUGCGCAGGGUCUACCUGCCCUACGUCACCAACCAGGCCUAUCAGGAACAGACCUAUCAGCGUCUUCUACAGGAGAAUCCUCGCUUCCCCGGCAUCUUGGCCCGUCUAGAGGAACAUCCCACCUGUCAAAGACUCCCCCUCACUUCAUUCCUCAUCCUUCCAUUUCAGAGGAUUACACGCCUCAAAAUGCUGGUGGAGAAUAUCCUAAAGCGAACCGCCCCGGGGUCUCGAGAUGAAGAUACCGCCACGAAGGCCUUUAAUGAGCUCAAAAAGAUAAUAAAAGAGUGUAACUCCAGUGUCCAAUCAAUGAAGAGAACAGAAGAGCUCAUUCACCUGAAUAAGAAAAUCCACUUUGAAGGCAAGAUUUUCCCCCUUAUUUCUCAGUCCCGCUGGUUGGUGAAACAUGGAGAGUUACUAGAAGUGGACACGCAGACUAUGAGCAUUUCUGGGUCCAAAUUCAAGUUGCCGACCCGGCCAGUCUACCUGCAUCUGUUUAACGACUGCCUUUUGCUGUCACGAAGAAAAGACAUGUGGAAAUUCAUGGUCUUCGUGCAUGCCAAAAUCACAGAGCUGAAAGUUCAGGACAUCAGCCAGAAGUUACAGGGCAUCUCAGGGUAUAUCUUCCACCUACAGCUGUGUGAGGGGCAGCUGCUUAAACAUCAGAUCCUGCUGAAGGCUCGCACAGAGAGUGAAAAGCAACGCUGGAUCACAGCCAUGGUCCCUUCAAAUCCAGAGACAAGCGGAGAUCAGAUUAGUGAGAAUGGAGAUAUCGCUCAAGUGCAAUGUAUCAAGAGCUACCAAGCUCUGGAACACGAUGAGCUUUCACUGGAGAAGGCAGAUGUUUUACAAGCAAAGAAUAUCACCAGUGAUGGCUGGGUUGAGGGGAUUCGGUUAUGUGACGGAGAGCAGGGCUGGUUCCCCUUAACCUACGUAGAAGAGAUAACAAGUCGCAACGCUCGCCUGCGUAACCUCCGAGAGAACAGCCGCAUCAAGUGUGCCACGCAAAAACUGGAAGGAUAACUGCUUUAAAAAACGCAUGUGAAACUCUAUAUACUCAAAAGCGGCUUCCCUUUACCCCUAAUAGCCAACCUAUGCAAUCACCCAUCUGCAGUGUCAGGUCUUCUACGUGGCUGUAGUAUAUAACGUGGGCUGGGACAAUGGAUGGCACCAUUGCCACACACCUCCACACUGUGCAGGUUCUACUUCAUGCACUCUGGUUUCCUUCAGCUGUCUCAAGACAUGCAUUUAAGCUAAUGGGCAUCUUUAAAUAUACCAUGACAUGGACUAGCAUCCCAUUCAGGGUGUACCCAAGCCUUGUGUCCCAGAAUGCCUGGGUCAGGUUCCUGGUCCCCCACACAACCCUGCUCAGGAUAAGCAGCUGGAAGAUGGAUGGAUUUAUUAUAUUUUCUUUCUAAUUUAAAGGAUUUUUCUUUCCUUAGAGAUACAGAAGUACUUUUAUGUUAAAAUAUGCUUCAUCGCUGAAGAGUGGGUUCUAACUAUUAAAUCUUGUUGUUCAUUAAAGUUACAAUGCAAAGUUAAAUUAUGCUUGAUGAAUAAGUCAAAUAUUUAUCAAAAUACUUUCCAUGAGAAAAGAUAAUAUUGUCUUUUGUCUAAAAAUGUUGUUUUGAUUUACCAUAUGUUAAUGAAUCUUUUCCUGCUUUAAAAGUAUAGAUCGUACAGAUCAUUUCAAAUUAUCCGAAUUCGAAUACAAAACUUUUUAAAAAAAUUAAACUUUUUACACUUUA